GCAGCUGACCGUGAUCCAGCAGUUCAAGAUCGACUGGGGUGAGCCUUUCUCGAGCAUCCUGGUGGCCUUGGAGGUGAUGGCAUUUGAUAUGGAUAUGAUCUCUAUCAGCUGCGUGGCACCCAUGGACCCCGUGAUGAAGUUCACCACACGAACGCUCCUUGUUCUGGUCUUCUUUGCCGUGGCAGCAAUG